AAUGAAUACUUGUAUGAAGGUGUUGAUGCAAGAGUUAUAGAAUAUGAAGACAACAGGCCCCUCUUAGAUAUGUUCCUGCAGAAACCGAUGGGUUUAUUGUCGCUGCUGGAUGAAGAAAGUCGAUUCCCACAAGCAACAGAUCAGACACUUGUAGAAAAAUUCGAAGAUAAUUUGAAGUCAAAAUAUUUUUGGAGACCCAAAAGAGUAGAUCUGACCUUUGGGAUUUAUCAUUAUGCAGGAAAGGUUCUAUAUAACGCAAGCGGAUUUCUAGCCAAAAAUAGAGAUACUCUGCCAGCUGAUAUUGUGCUGCUACUGCGAUCAUCUGAAAAUAAUCUGACGCGACAGUUGGUAACCCAUCCUCUUACAAAAACAGGUAACCUGGCACACACUAAAAGCAAAACUACAAUCAGUUACCAAAUGUGGACCCCCCAGAAAUCAAUCAGUCAUACAAAGAAUGAACCAGGAGAUACCGGACAUCAUCCAAGAGAAACAACCAGCAUGAAAACACAGACAGUCGCUUCUUAUUUUAGAUAUUCUCUGAUGGAUUUGUUAUCCAAAAUGGUCGUCGGCCAGCCUCAUUUUGUCAGGUGCAUCAAACCAAACAAUGACCGUCAGGCAAACAAGUUUGAUAAAGAAAAAGUAUUGGUUCAGCUGCGUUACACAGGAAUUCUGGAGACGGCAAGAAUUCGAAGACAGGGAUAUUCACACCGUAUACUGUUCGCUAACUUCAUAAAACGGUAUUACCUCAUCUGUUACAAAACAAAUGAUGAUCCUCCAGUCAGCCCGGAAACCUGUGCUGCCAUCUUGGAAAAAGCUCGCCUUGACAACUGGGUUCUUGGAAAAACUAAAGUAUUCCUUAAAUACUACCACGUGGAGCAGCUAAAUUUAAUGCGGAAGGAGACAGUCGACAUGAUUAUUUUGAUUCAAGCUUGUGUCAGAGGGUGGCUGGGUUCAAGGAGAUACAAAAAGAUAAAGGAACAAAGGGAACAAAGUGCUAUUAAAAUACAGUCAGUUGCCAGAGGAUACUUACUCAGGAAGAAGAGAAAAGAACUAACUGAGACGAGAAACAAAGCAGCAAUAACAAUUCAGUCUCACUACAGGGGAUAUAAGGAGAGGGAGAUCUUCAAAAAGCGGAGGGAAUCAGUUAGAAAGGAACAAACUGAAAAUACAUCAUCUGUUAGCGAAAAGGAAAAGGAUGAAGAAUUUCACGAUAAUGAGGAAAGUCCAGCUGGAGUGAAGAGUGCCCUUCCUCAAACAGAAGAAGAAGCAGUUGUCCUUAUUCAGAGCUAUUACAGAGGCUACAGAGUCCGUAAAAAAAUAAAGGAAGAGCGCAAAAAAAUAGCAGAGGAAGAAUUAUCUGCUGUGGAAUUCCUUGAAGCACAACUACAGCCAGCUCAAAAUAAUACAGUAGAAGAAGCAGCAAAUGAGGACACUCAAGAUGAAGCUGAUGCUGUUACUGACAGUGAGUGCUCUGGCUACAGUGAUGUAGGGAAUGUGCAGGAGCAACAGAAGACAUAUACUGAAGGAGAGGGGGCUUCUAGGAAGCAAAACCCUGGAACAGAACAUGUUGGUGAAAGUGAAGAACAGGCCUCUUCAGAAGAGUUGUCCAGGAAAUCUUCUGUCAAAAUCACAGCUGAACCUAGUCCCCAGAAAGAACAAGAUAAACAAGACACACUCAGUGCAGAUGGGCAAAAUCAAGAAUCUGCUGUGGUCCAGCCCAGGACUGACAGGGGUGGGGAAAGAAACCACCUGAAACACGAAGCAGUGAUGCCUACAGGAUGUAAAGGAAUUAUAAGGAAAGAAUCACUAAGAGGCUCACGAAAGCAAGUUGAAACAGAAAAACAAGGUUCAGAGGACAAAGAGAAGGCAGCAGUGGUUAUUCAGAGCAGUUAUCGGGGUUACAGAAGGAGGGGACAACUCAGAAAAGAAGGGAAACUACCUUGCAAAACUCAAGAGAAAACUAUAAAGGAGACAACGGAAACAGUGCAUGUUCAGAAUAAUGAUCCCCAAACAACAAAAAAUAGGGGAAGUUCCAGUACAGGUGUUGAAGACUCUAAAACGCUGAAAGGAGACUCAGAGAAAGAGGCUUGUGAUUUGGCAGCCUUUUCACGGCAGAUAUCAAAAUUAUCCGAAGACUACUUAGCAUUGCAGCAAAAAUUGAAUGAAAUGAUACUGUCACAUCAGCUGAGGCCUGUGAUGCUGUCCAAAGAUAAGCAAGCUAAUGGUCGACUUUCUUCCCACAUUUGUCAGUCAGUUGCAGCCAAAGUAGAAGACUCUCGCCCCAUGCAGAGACCUCCAAGGAGGCCACGGAAGCCCAAGACAUUAAAUAAUCCAGAAGACUCCACCUACUACACUCUAAUACAUAAAUCAAUCCAAGAUGAAAAACGGAAACCGAGAAAAGAAAGUCUGAGCAAAGUGCUAGAUUUAGAUAUCUACUACCAAGAAAUUUCUUCUACUGAUUCCACAUCAAAGGACAGCAGUUCUACUACAAGAAAAAAGAGACAUCCAGCUGAGCGCAGGACUUCAAUUCUAAGAGCUACCGAGCGGUCGAGGGUUGCAGAAAGCCCCCUGGAAGAGAGUAAAACCGAAGAUAAUCCCUAUGACUACAGACGGCUGCUGCGGAAGACCUCACAGCGCCGGCGCCUUAUCCAGCAGUUCUAG